AUGAAUAUUGAAGAUGCUCCUCGCUCUGGCCGGCCAGUCAACACCGAUGUCCAAUCCAUCGACCAAAUUACAGCUUUAAUCGAUUCCGAUCGGCAAAUCACAGUUCGGGAAAUCGCAGCAAGGUUAAACAUUGGCAAAUCAGUUGUUUCCGAACAUUUAAACAAGCUCCAGAUUAUAAAAAAGCUUGAUGUUUGGGUACCGCACGACUUAACUGAAAAAAAUCGUAUUGAUCGCAUUUCCAUCAGCGAUUUGCUAUACAAACGCAACGAAUACGAUCCAUUUUUGAAGCGUAUCAUAACAGGCGACGAAAAGUGGAUAAUUUAUAAUAAUGUCGAGCGUAAAAGGUCAUGGAGCAAGCGAGGUGAACCGCCAUCGACCACUCCGAAGGCAGGUUUACAUCCAAAGAAGGUAAUGCUCUGCAUUUGGUGGAAUUGGAAAGGGAUAGUGUACUAUGAGCUACUACCGAACAACGAAACCAUCGAUUCGGACAAGUAUUGUUCACAGUUGGAUAAAUUGAAGACUCGACAAAAAUUAUUGGCGCUUGGCUGGGAUGUUUUGCCUCAUCCACCAUAUUCCCCCGACAUUGCACCCUCGGAUUAUCAUUUAUUUCGGUCGCUACAAAACUCAAUUAAUGGUUUAAACUUUGCUUCUUUGGAACUCCUCAAAAACUACUUGGACAGCUUUUUCGCCGAAAAACCCCAGAACUUCUACGAGAGGGGAAUUUUGAAAUUACCCAAAAGAUGGAAAAGUAUUGUGCAAAAUAAUGAUGCAUAUGUUACAGAAUAA